AUGGUGGCAGCUCACCAGUGUUUAACCCUUGAACUGUUCGCAGGUACACUCAUGUUCUUGGUCACUGUGGCGUUCCUCGGCGCUCUAUGUGCUCACGGGGCCGCGGCAGAGGAAGAGGAGACACAGCAGGAGCAGCAGGAGCAGCUGAAGCAAGAGCAGCAGAAACAGGAGCAGCAGAAGCAGGAGCAGCAGAAACAGGAGCAGCAAAAGCAGGGGCAGCAGGAGCAGGAGCAGCAGCAGGAGCAGCAGGAGAGACAUAAGCUACCGAGCGCCAAGGAGGUGGCGAGGCUGAUCUUCACCUCGACGGAGCAGUUCAUCAGCUUGAGUGACAGCAGCUCCCUGGCCAUGACCCUGCUGCUGCUACUGCUCCUGGGCGCCGCUACGGGCCUGGCCAUCUCCGGCGCCCUGGGCCACAACAGCGUCCUCCUCAACCGCGUCCUGGCCCCACUGUGA